AUUCCUGUCACAUUCAAGGCUGAGCAGCGCCGGGGAUUACCUACAAAUUUUCAAUUAACCCUGAAAGAAUAAUUUUCACGUGUCUCUGACACAUUGUCGAUACUCUGUACACCGCGUAACAACCGCAAUGACAUCGGAGAAAAAUUGUAUUCCAUAUUCACAGAGUGGUGACAAGGACCAGGAUGAGCGUUCCUUUUGACAGCUGGGGAGAAACUGUGAUUGGAUUUUUCGAAGUUUUGAUUGUCAAUGUUUACGUGUGAUACGAGGUUAUGAGUGAAUGUGUCAUGUGAUCGAUAGACACUUCAUAGUAGGAGUAUUCUGAUGUUGUCUUUUCAGUUGACAUUUCAUUGUGUAUUUUCAUUAAAAUAAAAACGUCAUUUAAUUGACAAUUAUUUCCCAACUCCAUAUUAAGAGAAAGAAGAAUUUUCAAAUAUGUAGAGUAUAUUUACUGGAGAGUUUAUUCUCAGAAUAUUUUUAAAUCAUCAAUACUGAACAACAAGAAUUAAUAAUGAGAGAGCACAAAGAAUUAAUGUCACUAAAACUUCUCCAGCCAUUCACGUACAUUCUCCAAGUACCGGGUAAACAGAUACGUGCUAAACUGGCGCAUGCCAUGAAUUAUUGGUUAAAAAUACCGUCUGAGAAGCUCCAGGCUGUCGGUGAAAUAACGCAGAUGCUGCACAAUUCCAGUUUACUUGGGAAAGCCGCGAUAAACGUGAGGAGAAUGAGGAAUGUUUUUUACAGAUUAGACGAUAUUCAAGACAACUCGAUUCUCCGUCGAGGAAUUCCAGUGGCUCACUCGAUUUUCGGAGUUGCUAGUACAAUUAAUGCAGCUAAUUAUGUUUUAUUCAUAGCACUCGAAAAAGUACAAGCUCUUAAUCAACCUGAGGCAACUCAAGUCUAUACCGAACAAUUGCUGGAGUUGCAUAGAGGACAGGGCAUUGAAAUUUACUGGCGUGACAACUACAUAUGUCCAUCCGAGGCGGAGUACAGACAUAUGACGAUGAAAAAAACUGGAGGGUUAUUCAAUCUGGCGGUGAGGUUGAUGCAGUUAUUUUCCGACUGCAAGCAGGAUUUUUCCAUGCUAGCUGGUAUUCUAGGACUCUAUUUUCAGAUUCGGGACGAUUACUCUAAUCUUUGCAUGCAGGAGUAUACCGAGAAUAAAAGCUACUGCGAAGAUUUAUCGGAAGGAAAAUUCAGUUUCCCGAUAAUUCACGCCAUCCACAGCAAACCAGAGGACAGACAAGUGAUGAAUAUAAUGCGCCAAAGAACAAAAGACGUGGAGGUGAAGAAAUAUUGUGUAACACUUCUCGAAAAAUUUGGCUCAUUCGCAUACACGAGAACUAUUCUCGAGGAGUUGGACAAGAAAGCUCGUGCCGAAGUAGAGAGACUGGGGGGAAAUCCAUUAUUACUAAAAGUACUCGAUGGCUUACUUAAUUGGCGUCAGUGUUCAGAAGUCGAAAUGCAACAGGUGGAGUCGUAAAUUAUUUUACACUAGUAAUAAAAAUGGAGAUAAAGCGGAAUAAUAAUGUGCGAAAUAAAUGAUUUAGUACUUAUUAAAUGAAUCUCGGGGAGAGGAGAUGCCAUGUAGGAAUAUAUUAUUGGAGAAACAAAUUUCAUGGAGGGCUGACUAAUCAUCGUUAAUAAAAUUCAUGUGGCAUUGAAAAAAUAAUUACAACAUUGAUUCAGUUAUCACAAAUGCGACAUUUUGGUUAGCAGCAUUCCAUUAUAUUGAUGAUUCAAGGAUAUAUCAUAAAUCGCAAUUAUGUGAUUUAUACUCAAUUUCCUAGAUAUAAUGAAUUGACAUUGGUAUUUUCCACAAAGUUUCUUUUACAGUUCUCAAUUAUAAAAUUCGCUGAAAUUCCACCGAAACUACAACUUAAUCGUGCCAAUGACUAAUUCAUUAUUGUUCUGUGACAAUAAUUUUAGGGGCAUAUUUACGAAUUACGCUUCAAUUUUGGGCUUCACGUAGUUGAAUUUACGUUUUGAUAUUGAGUAUCGAUAAUUUAUGGGAUUAAUCUGAUAAUAAUCGAAAGAUGGAGAUUUAUUCACUCCAUUUUUUGACUCAAUAAAAAUCGUUAUUCCAAGAAUCAUUGAUUCACUGAUAUAAAUAAUACCUAGAACCCUAGAUUACCACCGAUCAACGAUCUACAUUAAUAUUGAAAUAAUAAAUUCCAUAACAAAGUUAUAGAUCUCACGAUUUUUAUUUUUGUUGAAUAAGAUUUUUACUCAAUUGGUAUUAGUACAUAUACAACAAACAUAAUUUAAUAUAUGACGAUAGCGAAUAAAUCUUUGAUAGCCGUUUUACAUUAUUAUCAUAGAUGUUUAAUGCGAAACAUAGUCACUUGUUUUACGUAUAAAAUUGUUACAAUAAAGAUUCUCAGCUCGAUCUGCA